AUGUGGAAGGUGAGGCAAGGUUUUGCGCCCUUGAAGAGAUGUUUCUCAGUCUCAGCAUCAUGCAAGAAUGUGUAUGAGCUGUCAAUUGAUACGAUGAAACCAUCCAAGUUGCCAGCUUACGCAAAUGCAGUUGGACGUUUGAUUUCUCAUGGUCAAGAGUCAACACUUCUAGGGGCGUUCACAACAUAUCUGGGUGGCGAGAGAGGAGAAUUUAUUCACCUUAGAAAACACAAAUCUGGAAAACAGUUGAUGACGUCAAGGGAUUUGUUGUUGGAAAAAGUGACAGAAUUAGGUGAUGUGUCACAGAGUUGUGUGAGCCAGCAAACGAUCAUGUUACAUUUAUUUCCAUGGUGUGAAGUUGGACAUCCAGCAACUGAAGGAGGAAUAUAUGAAUAUCGUUCAUACACGCUGAAGCCAGGAGUUCUUGCCCAAUGGUCACAUCGUUUUCAACAGGGAAUUCAUGCACGGAUGCUGUAUAGCAAGCCUCUUGGUGUAUGGUUUUCAGAAAUAGGUCCACUGAACGCAGUUCAUCACAUAUGGCACUACAAUGAUCUUGAUCAUCGUAUGGAAGUAAGGAACCAAGCACUGGAAGAUGAGCUAUGGCGAGAAACAGUACGAGAUGGAUCAGUCUUUCUAACCACCAUGAUGUCAAGAAUCAUUCGACCAACUCCACAUUCCAACUGGAAAUGAGCUUCACAAUGUGUAUUCUAUUUCAUAGACUUAUACAAUCAGCUUGACAAUGUGUAGUUGAUUUCAUAGACUCAUAUACUCUGAAUCAUGUUGUCUGCUAAACUA